AUGAUCAACCCCCAAGACAGAUUUUGGUCCGACGCCCAAGCCUACUGCGGCAGGGUCGAAGACCCUGCCACCAAAACUUAUUGCAAUGUCUGGGAUUGGGACCAACUACGGAUGAUCAAGGUCAAAGGCACCGCCAAGCUGUUUCCGCCCGAUGGGAAUAUUGAGCCCUUAAUUUUGGCACCAUUAGCGGAUUAUCUAUCGCCGGAAGUUCGCGCAAUCACAGUCGACGAUGAUGGGCUACUCACUGAGGUAUCGAUGGAUCCAGGGGAGGACGACACCAUGUUUAUUGCUUAUCCUCGCCUCUCACUCUGUGGAUCGCUUGCAGGUUGCCGUACAAUUCAGUACUCUAAACUCUGA